AUGGCUUCGUUGUCUCUUCGCGUUGCCAUUGACUUCGGUACAGUAGCUUACCCGCUGCUACCGCAUGGUCCGCGACGUCUCCUAAAAUCUGAGUUCCACGGCUACCAAAAGACGAGUGAAGAGCUCUCAGCUACAUGCGCACGGCUGAGGAAUGGGUGGAUUUUUGGACCGCAUGCUGCCCACGGCGCCCAGGCCGGUAUAUUCUCCCACAUCAUGCUCGGCAUCUGUGGUCGAGGCCCAGAAUAUGCUAGACCCCUCCAGGGCGCCUUUAGUAGAGCAUCGAAUCUUUGGGGAGCAAACGACAAUCUGACCUCUUUACUGGCUGGUCUCUUCCAAUUCAUAUUGGCGACUUUGGAGAAGGAUGCCUCAAACUCUUUAGGCCAUGAAAUCGAGCUAGACGGAAGACGCUUUCAGGGUCUUAUCAAGCAAUGCUGGGUCACAUACCCUGCCCGACACAACAAGGGACUGAAACUUGCCCAGGUCGAGGCAUCCCUGAGCGCCAGAUUCACGGUUGUUGAUGGGCUCCCCGAGCCACUCACAACCGCCCAUCUUGUCAUUCUGAAUGGGACAGUUAAAGGGUGUCCGGCAAUCAUAGUGAUAGUCGACUGUGGUGGUGGGAGCUGCGAUCCAGUGACAGUCCAUGUCAACCGGGAGCAGCGCAUUUCUCAAGUCUGCCCAACGAACGGCAUUGGCAAGGGCGGGAAGGUAGUUAAUGAGAGCGGGGUGGUUUGGCUGAAAACACUUUCAGAACUCUCCCCUGAUUGGGAAGGCGUCUCAAAGGGUUUCGACGUUUGUAAGAAGGCAUUUAGUGGGAGGAACGACCUCGAACUAUGUCUCCAAGACCUUACGAUCCAUUUGGCCGCGGAUCGGAUGAAAUAUUUCUACCACAUUUUGGUAUCUUCUGUGAACCGCCUGGCCUUACAUCAAUGUCGUAGCGCGACAGAGGAAGAGUUUUUACCUGAUUACUUUCUGCUGUGUGGAGGACCAUCCCAGAAUCGAUGGUUUCGGCCAGAAGUGUUUGCACGGAUUCAGGAUCAAUUUGCAACCACAGCAUGUCACAUAGUCCAGGAGCCUAGUGCUAUUCCACUUGGAGCGUUGGCUUAUACAGAAAAUUCACUUAGUGCGAUCGGAAUUGCAGAAACUAAUUUAGGACUUCUAUACCUCGAAGACCAGACGCCCCAGGACCGAACUUUGAAGAGGCGGAUGACCCUCCCAGCCACCGCCCGGGUUAUUGAAAAGGGUGAAGUCGCUACGCAGCAGAAGUCCGUCUUGGGUGAGACACACGAGCUGCAGACAGCUCCUGUUGCGGCCGCGUGCCGGGGCGAUCCAUCAGAGAUCAGGGGGAAUGAAAGUCUGACCACUGAAGCGUACCAAGGCGAGGACCCCUAUAAAGAAGACCAUACUAUGCUGCCUCUUCCUGGGAGUCAUGAAAAAGCGAGGAAGCGUGUUCGCUUUCUGGAAACUGGGGGUGGUGAUCCGCAUCAGGAAAGGAAGAAACGCAGGCGACUACAAGCACGCCCGGUUGGUUUGCGUCAGAAGGCCGAAAAAGGGGCAGCUCAGGAGUUUGUUCAGCCCUAUCGAAGAACCGCGCGCCCGGCUCUGGUUCCGCAGUCUGGUCAAGACAGUAGGCAGUUGGUUAGCUCCCUGAACAACAAUGAGGACUUAGCCCAACAGCCCAACGAUGCGACCCGGCAGUUUUCUCAACGACUUGCGCCUUUUGCGGAACGUCCUCUCCAGGCGGAUCCCUGGAAGUUGACAGCCAUGCUGGUGCGGUUGGAAGCCGCAAGUGACGAAGAGUGCUGGCAGUUUCAAGAUUGUGGAGUGCCGGAGCUUUUGCAAAGGCUUCGCUUCAGGAUCCUUCCGGACGAUGAGGCUUAUUGUUUUACCUCGCGGCUUGACCAGCUUUUAAACCGAUUCAGCUCUGCCUAA